CUUUUCCUGCUUUCUUCACAGACACCGGCAAGAUGGCCUCGGCACAUGACAGAGCUGUACUCCAGGCUAUAUUCAACCCCAGCAGCCCCUUUGGAGACAUUCCCGGCCUGAACCAAGAGGAGGAAUUAAUUGAUGAUGACAGUGGCUUUGACACAGAGCUGCUGAAGCAAGUGAAAGAGCUGGAGAUGCAGGGUGUCUCGGCAGCAGAGGCUGGGGAUUUGCAAGCCGCACUUCAACUGUUCAGCCAGGCAAUCCAGAUCCUGCCUCAGCGAGCCUCAGCCUAUAACAACAGGGCACAGGCCCUGCGGCUGCUGGGGAACACAGCAGGAGCGCUGGAGGACCUGGACCGAGCCAUAUCUCUGAGCGGCGGCACUGGGCGAACUGCCUGCCAGGGGCUGGUGCAGCGAGGCCUUUUACGGAGACUGGCGUGCCGGGAUGAUGAAGCCAGAACAGAUUUUGAGAAAGCAGCCGCACUUGGAAGUGAAUUCGCCAAACAGCAGGCUGUUGUUCUUAAUCCGUAUGCGGCCCUGUGCAACAAAAUGCUGACAGAGAUGAUCAACAAACUGCGCAACCCAGUGUCGGACAUUAAGUAAUUGUUACUUUUAUACAU